UUGUCUUUACGAACUAUAUAAACCAAAAUAAUUCUUUUAUACAAAUUACAAAACCCUAACCAUUUUCCACUUUGUUUUCCUUCUUACAUUUCAAGAAAGAGCUAAAGUCGAGUCCUAAAAUGGCUGAAAACAAAACAGAAGAGAGGAAAAUCCCAGUCUUUACAGUCAUAAAGAACGGUGCCAUUCUCAAGAACAUCUUUCUCAUCGACAAACCACCGCCACCAUCACCCUCCAUCAUGGCCGUUCAAAAUGAAGACAAAGAUGAUGAUGAAGAAAAGGAGGAAAUUUUGAUGGUUGGUCGACACCCGGAUUGCCACAUCAUGUUGACUCACCCCAGUAUUAGUAGAUUUCACCUCCAGAUUCACGCUAAACCCUAUUCACGGAACCUCUCUGUCAUCGAUUUAUCGUCUGUACAUGGGACACGGGUUUCAGAAAGAAAGAUCGAACCUUGUGUUCCCGUGGAGCUGAAUGAGGGAGAUACUCUAAAGAUUGGUGGGUCAACUAGAGUCUAUAGGCUGCAUUGGAUUCCACUGAGCCAGGCAUACGACAUGGAUUACUCGUUUGUGUCAGAAUUGGAUGUACCAGUAGCAGAAGAGCAAGAAGAGGAAAGUCAAGUGGAACCACACCAGGUUAAGAAAUCAGUGCUAUUAGAGGUCGGAAAAAGUGAAUCAUUGGUAAUGGAACCAAAAGAAGAACAAACAUGUCAGGGUUUGGAUUCUCUUUCAAUUGAAGAAUUCGAACAAGUAGAAGAGAAAAAGCCAUUCGUGGUGGAAGAAAAAGGAGGAAUGUGCCAGGAUGAGAUUUCUAUUUUAGUUCACGAUAAACCAAGUCAAUCUCUGGAUUGGAUUUUGGAGGGGAUUGCUUCCUUGUUUUGUGAUGAGAGAUCAGAGUUGAUUCUGGAGACAGAGAUUCCAUUUUCUGAGACUUUACCAAUAGACAUGGCUUGUCCUGUUGGUGGUAAUAUGUCAGUGCCUGAAGAGCAGCAUUUUGAUAAACAUGAUCAGAUCCAGUGUCAUGAUUCUAUGACAGAAUUUAUACCUGCAACUGAAAAUUCAGAGAGCUCAAAAAGAUCAGAAAAAAAAUCCAAGGUUUUGGUUAAUUUUGUUGCUUCACCAUUGAAUGCAAAACAGCAGAAAUUACCUGAUAAAACUGAACACCAGAGUCCACUGCAAGAAGAAAUUGAAAAGAGGAAUAACUUAGAAGAUUGGUCUGGGAAAGAGUCUGCAAAUUCAUCUUUGGUUUUAGGGGGAGUUGUAUCAGAGAUCAAUACUGAACAGAUCCACAAAGAAAAUGAGCUGCCGCUGUCACUUGUUAUGCAACCUUCUGAGGCAGAAAUGAUAAAGAAGUCUUCGAUGGACAAAAAUAUUAAUAUGUUACUGGCUGAAGGGCAGCAAUUUGACGAAAAUGAUCAGAUCCCAUGUCGUGGUUCUAUGACAGAAUUUAUACCUGCAACAGAAAAUUCAGAGAGCUCAAAAAGAUCAGAGAAAAAAUGCAAGGUUUUGGUUAACUUUGUUGCUUCAUCAUUGGAUGCAAAACAGCAGAAAUUACCUGAUGAAACUGAAAACCAGAGUCCACUGCAAGAAGAAAUAGAAGUGAGGAAUAACUUAGAAGAUUGGUCUGGGAAACAGUCUGCGAAGUCAUCUUUGGUUUUAGGGGGAAUUGUAUCAGAGAUCAAUACUGAACAGAUCCACAAAGAAAAUGAGCCACUGGUGUCACUUGUUAUGCAACCAUCUGAGGCAGAAAUGCUAGAGAAGUCUUUGAUGGAAAAAAAUAUGAAUAUGUUUCUGGCUUUGAACUCUGGAUGCUUUAAUGGAGAAGGCUUCCCGGAAGCUCAAGUGUUUGAAGCUGGAAACCGUAGCCAAAGAGAAGGCCUUGAACAGAAGGAGAUAUCACACUUCUGUUCUUCUGUUCUUGAGGAGUCUGUGAACUCAUCUUUGCCUAUUGGAGAAGUACUCAAUGAGGUUGUAGAUUCCAAGAAUAGCCGGACUCCACAAUCUGUGUUUUAUCCAGAAGGAGUUGAAGACCAGGAAAACCCUGAAGUUUCUCCACUUAGAUCAGAUAGAAAGCCUAGCUCACAUAGCAUUUGGUCAAGAAGAGGCAAACCAGCUAGUGCUCUACAGAUUCAAACCAGUAGAAGCAGAGGAAAGACGACAAGGAGUCACAAUAAGGCUGUUGUAGGUUUGCAGAUGCAGGAGGAUAUGGAAAAUAAAUCAAUUUCAAAGAUACUUUUUACUGGUUUUGGAGAGAAAGAAGAAGAAUUUUUUAGUCCAAACAAGGAGAAUUUCUCCCCUGAUACUCUUCUAAUAAAGUCCUUGAAAAGGAAGGGUAAGCUGGAAGAAAUUAAGCCUUCCAGGUCAUGCAGAAAAUCCUCCUCAAAAGUUACUAUCAGCCCCAAUAUACAGCUAGAAGAAGACUUGAUUUCUUCAGACAAAGAGAACCAGACACCGAAAGUUCUCCAAGAGUGGAAAUUAGCAGGAUAUGCCUCUAGAAAUCAUGUGAAGUUGGAACAGGAGAGGGUGACGUCGAAGAAAAGAGCAGAAAGGGUGCCAUUUCAAUCUCUUGCUGCAAACUCUUCAGGCAUGAGGAGAUCAGAACACUCACUCCCUAAUGGAACAACAAGUUGCAACUCUGUCAAUUUGUCUCAAACCAUGAAGAUCACUCAUUCCUCAUCCAUUGCAGAGCGAAGGAGAAGCUGGGUAAUGGUAGUGGAUGCCUCUACUCUUCUAGACAAGCAAUCAAGGAAAUCGUUACAGCUUUUACAAGGUCUCAAGGGGACUCAAUUGAUCAUUCCAAGAAUGGUCAUAAGGGAGCUGGGUUGUUUGAAAAGUCGUGGUAGUCUAUUCAGAAGAACAACUGAGGUCUCAUCAGUGUUGGAAUGGAUUGAAGAGUGUUUGGUGAAAACAAAGUGGUGGAUUCACGUUCAAAACUCAAUGGAGGAGGAAAGGCCUCUUGCACCAACCCCUCCUGCUUCUCCUAAGUCUCUAUUCAGUGAAGGGAGUUGUGGGAGUUUUCCUUCUGGGACUAAGAGCUGGGGGGUUUUUUCUGCAGCUACAGGUUUUACAGAAAUUGUUUCACCAACAGCUGAAGAUCAUGUCCUUGAUUGUGCUCUUCUCUUCAGGAAAAAGAAAAUGGAUGGACAACUUGUUCUUCUUAGCAAUGAUGUCACUCUGAAGAUUAAAGCCAUGGCAGAGGGUUUGAAUUGUGAAACAGCUCAGGAAUUCCGUGAGAGUCUAGUGAAUCCCUUCUCAGACAGGUUCUUGUGGGCAGACAGCUCGCCUAGAGGACUUACAUGGUCUGUCCUGGAUGACAUAGUUUUGAGAGAAAGGUACAACUGUGGCCCUUUGAAGAAGACCUCAAAGGGAGGAGACGGUGCAAAAGGUUUGAAGCUCAUUCUGCUGCAUAACUCUCAUUAUUCGCAGAUGCAUUCAGUCAGAUAGAAGAAGACAGUUCUAGCCUGUAUAUAAGAUGAUCAUCAUUCAGUAUAUUUGUUGUUCCCCUGGAAAAACUGGUGCUUGGAAUUGAGUCUUUUGAACUUAGUAAUUGCUUAUGAAUGCAUUACCCAUAUUCUAAACAUCCCUUGCCACAUUACAUUUUU